UUUCCAGCCUCCCAGCCCUGACCUGGCUGAUAUAGAUCAGAUGGUGACUGAAUAGAAGCUAUCCCAGUCCUGGGUCCAUGAUGUAUGCACCAGUUGAACUUUCAGAAGCUGAAUACCCACAAGUUGAAUAUCAAAGAAGAGAGCAAUUUUGGGACCCUAUACGGCUAGCUCUUUUCACAUUGGCAAUUGCGGCAAUCAUAGGAAUUGCGAUUGGAAUUGUUACUCAUUUUGUUGUUGAGGAUGAUAAGUCAUUCUAUUACCUUGCUUCUUUUAAAGUCACAAAUAUCAAAUACAGAGAAAAUUAUGGUGUAAAAUCCUCAAGAGAGUUUAUAGAAAGGAGUCAUCAGAUUGAGAGAAUGAUGUCUAGGAUAUUUCGACGUUCUGGAGGGGGUCGAUUUAUCAAAUCUCAUGUUAUCAAAUUAAGUCCAGAUGAACAAGGUGUGAAUAUUCUUAUGGUGCUCAUGUUUCGAUACCCGUCUACUGAUAGUGCUGAACGAAUCAAGGAAAAAGUUGGAAAGAUUUUAUAUCAAAGUCUGAAGACCAGACAGUUACCUUUGACGAUAAGCAAACCAUCAUUUAGACUCACACCUAUUGACAGCAAAAGGAUGAGGAACCUUCUCAACAGUCGCUGUGGGAUAAGGAUGACUUUUUCAAACAUGCCAUUACCAGCAUCAUCUUCUACUGAAAGGAUUGUCCACGGAAGAGAAACAGCUGUGGAAGGGGAGUGGCCAUGGCAGGCCAGCCUUCAGCUUAUAGGGGCAGGACAUCAGUGCGGAGCCAGUCUCAUCAGUAACACGUGGUUGCUCACAGCAGCUCACUGCUUCCGGAGAAAUAAAGACCCAAGUCAAUGGAUUGUCACUUUUGGUACGACUAUAACACCGCCUGCUGUGAAACGAAGUGUGGGGAAAAUUAUACUUCAUGAAAAUUACCAUAAAGAAACAAAUGAAAAUGACAUUGCCUUGGCUCAGCUCACAACCCGAGUUGAGUUUUCAAAUAUAGUCCAGAGAGUUUGCCUCCCAGAUUUGUCUAUCAGGUUGCCACCUAAAACAAGCGUAUUUGUCACAGGAUUUGGAUCCAUUGUAGAUGAUGGACCUACACAAAAUAAACUUCGGCAAGCCAGGGUGGAAACCAUAAGCACUGAUGUAUGUAACAGAAAGGAUGUGUAUGAUGGCCUGGUAACUUCAGGAAUGUUAUGUGCUGGAUUCAUGGAAGGAAAAGUAGAUGCAUGUAAGGGUGAUUCUGGUGGACCUCUGGUGUAUGAUAAUCAUGACAUCUGGUAUAUUGUUGGAAUAGUAAGUUGGGGACAAUCAUGCGCUCUUCCCAAAAAACCCGGGGUCUACACGAGAGUGGCUAAGUAUCGCGACUGGAUUGCCUCAAGGACUGGUAUCUAGAGUGAAUUGUCCAUGUAUUAUAUAUGUGGCAAAUGGAGCUGAAACUACUCAAUAUUGUAUAUUAUUUCUAUUCAUGUGGUUUGGAUCAGUGCUUUUGCUAGACGUCAAGAAACCCUUCCAACCCAAUCUAAUAUCACAAGGUGGCCUUUGUGUUUGUAUGACCAAACUCUCUCUCUUCCAUGAGGGAAGAAGACACAGUAAAUGACAGAUGGCACUGACUGUUUACUCACAAGGGAAAGAUUUGUGAUACUUCCUAAUAAGAUGAAUAUUUAUAAGUGGUUUCCCCCAGUGGAAGAUGGGGAGCAUCAUCUUCCACAGGAUAUGAAAAGCCGCCAGUGCUGCCAAAAUCUUACUUCAUAUAAUACCCGAAGCACCUGGAAUUCUAGAAAAAAAUCAAACAGCAGUCUCCCCUGAGAAUUCAGGACUUCAGCAUUCUAGAACUGAUGACUGGACAUUCAAUGGCUAGAGUGGAGAAGCAUGGGAUUAUAACUUGAAAAUUAACCUGGGUUUAUAUCUAGCGAUAUGGAGCAUUAUCAUUAACCAUAAGAGUUGACAUGUAAAAGUGUCGAAAUGUAUAUGAACUUGCUAUUAACUCUGUUAAACACUCACACUAGCUUCAGGUAGCAUGUUGUAUUGUUAAGAAGCAUUUCUGAUUUAUUCUAUAACAGCGUUUUGACAUUCGUGCUUCGAAUUGGAGUCAACCCAGAAAGGA